UCACUCCCUCCCAGUCGAAUCUCUCUCACUCUCUCCCUGCUCUACUCCCAAGAAGCUCUGGAGUGUCUCUCGGGUCUAAAGCAGUAAUUAUACACAGCAAUUGUCGGAAAGCUGACCCUUCGUCCGUUCGCAGGACUUUGUAUCAGUGGGAAAGAAUAGGAGCGUUUGUUUUUCACACCUGUGGCAAGGUGAGCUUUUGAAUCGGUCCGGCAAGUCUCCACUCCUAAUUAUCAGAAUGGAGCUUCAGAAGAUGAAUGGACACAGUCGAGAUGAUGGGUUUGAUGGCUUGGAUGCCAUGACUGAACAUGAGGAGUUUCUUCCACACAAAGCCGGGACCAAAAAAGAGACCCGCUUUACAGAUUUUGAGGGGAAGACUUCUUUUGGAAUGUCCAUUUUUAACCUCAGUAACGCCAUAAUGGGAAGUGGAAUUCUGGGAUUGGCCUUUGCGAUGUCUAACACUGGAAUCAUUCUUUUCAUAAUCCUGCUUGUGUUCAUUGCUAUUCUAUCGGCUUAUUCGAUCCACCUGCUGCUGAAAAGUGCAGGAGUUGUUGGCAUCCGAGCCUAUGAGCAGCUUGGAAACCGAGCUUUUGGUCCCCCGGGGAAGAUUUUAGCAGCUGUUAUCAUCACAGUACACAACAUUGGAGCGAUGUCCAGCUACCUCUUUAUUGUUAAGUCUGAGCUCCCGCUGGUAAUUCAGGCUUUUCUCGGCAGACAUGAAAACACGGGAGAAUGGUUCUUGAAUGGAAACUAUUUGAUCAUCAUUGUUAGCGUUGCUGUCAUCUUUCCUCUUGCACUUAUGAAACAACUUGGUUAUUUGGGUUACACAAGUGGCUUCUCCCUUUCCUGCAUGGUGUUUUUCCUCUUUUCGGUGAUUUAUAAGAAAUUCAACAUCCCAUGCCCACUGGAGGACAGUCAUAACCACACAUCUCUCAUUGCUGACAACUUCACGCUCACUGAGGGCGAUGAAGACUUCUGUGAUGCCCGGCUUUUUACCGCCAACUCACAGACAGCGUACACCAUCCCAAUUCUGGCCUUUGCAUUUGUCUGCCACCCUGAGGUGCUUCCCAUCUACACAGAGCUGAGAGAUGCCACCAAGAAGCGUAUGCAGAAUGUGGCCAACAUCUCCAUCCUGGCCAUGUUCAUCAUGUACCUGCUAACAGCUCUUUUUGGCUACCUCACCUUCUAUGGUGCCGUGGAGUCGGAGCUGUUGCAUACUUACAUCCGUGUGGACACCCUGGAUGUCCUGAUGCUCUGUGUGCGCCUGGCUGUGCUCAUGGCGGUCACUCUGACUGUGCCUGUGGUUCUCUUCCCGAUCCGCAGAGCCAUUCUCCAGAUCGCAUUCCCUGACAAACCUUUUCACUGGGCCAGACACAUCGCCAUUGCAUUCCUACUCCUGUUUUUGGUCAACUUGCUGGUCAUCUUUGUGCCCUCAAUCCGGGACAUUUUUGGACUCAUUGGAGCAACAUCCGCCCCCAGCCUCAUCUUCAUCCUGCCUGGAAUCUUCUACAUACGAAUUGUUCCGCCUGAACAAGAACCCUUUUUGUCAAGACCCAAAAUUCAGGCUGCAUGCUUUGCCGCUCUGGGAUUCAUCUUCAUGAUUGUGAGCUUGUCAUUCAUAUGCAUGGACUGGGUUAGUGGAGAGAACCGAGGCGGAGGUGGACACUAGACACCUUGAGUGGCCCGAAGGUCCCAGCAAUAACAUUGUGUGAACCCAAGCCCUCCCUUUCCCACCCAUUAACCCUGAUUGUUCUCCAGCAGCCAAUCAGCACGUGCUAACUAACAUUGACCCCUGAAAGGGUCGCAACAAUGGAGGAGAGAACACAGAAGCAUUUUCUGACUGAAAUCCCGCAAUAAGGAUCGUGCUUGGGGUAAAAAAAAAUAUAUAUAUAUAUAUAUAAAACAUGACUCAGAUGGGAAUCCCAUGAUGGAGGAUGUGCAUGUUCUGUGGAAAAGUUACGCAGACUUCAUCAUAUUUGCAGGAUGUCUGGUCAAACUGUUGCAGUUCAAAACAAAUACGACAUUUAAUUUGGCACACAAAUGUUGGUGAAUAAGUUGAUGAAUGGUGAGCCAGUGUGGGUUGUUGCCAUGGUAACCAUUUUCAACACAACGCACCUUUUGUUGACUGACGUGACGGUGUCGUAACCUACUCUGACAGUUGCGUAAACCGUGCAACGUAAAGUGAUGCAAUUUGUGGGCUUUUGCUGCUAUAAAUGAAGGUCGACAAACGCUAUCGUCUGUUGUCGGCAACCAAACAAUGCAGUUACUGUACAGGACAAUAUUGAGAUAUGGAGUGUAACGCAGACGCUGUUCAGCAAAACUACAACAUGUGACUUUUAACACUGCGUCAGUCACACGGGGUCUUUGCACACUAUUUUGUUUUUCAUACUCGUAAUUCCUUGUUGGCAAAUGUUGUCCCCGCCCAGUACGUUCAUGACUAGUAUAGGGUGUUUGGAGUGGGGUCUAAAUAUUUUUAUGAUUUACAUCUUUUUGUCCCCAUUGAUUUUGAACUUGGGCAGCACGGUGGUACAGGGUUUAGUGCAUGUGCCUCACAAUACAAAGUUCCUGGGUUUGAUCCCAACCCCGGGAUCUUUCUGUGUGGAGUUUGCAUGUUCUCCCGGUACUCCGGCUUCCUCCCACUUCCAAAGACAUGCACCUGUGGGAUAGGUUGAUUGGCAAGACUAAAAAAAAUGGCCCUAAUGUGUGAAUGUGAGUGUGAAUGUUGUCUGUCUAUGUGUGUUGGCCCUGCGAUGAGGUGGCGACUUGUCCAUGGUGUACCCCGCCUUUCGCCCAAAUGCAGCUGAGAUAGGCUCCAGCACACCCCGCAACCCUGGUAGAAAAUGGAUGAAUGGAUAUCAAAAUUGGCAAUCUCAGUAUAGGUCAUCAGGAAAACGAUAUCGCCGUUUGGGUUGUUCAAAACGCCCUUGGUGACUAACGCAGGGUCAAAUGUCAAAUAAGUCUGUUCUUUUUUUGUCUGUAAAUUUUGACUACAAAUAUUUUAAGAUUGUUUGUUAUUCUUGUAUGUUGUUAAAUUAAUUUCACUUGAUUCUGUCAAUAAAACAUGUCUCAUUUGUACAA